UGAAGGAGGGCGGAGCUCGCUGCGAGUGCUAGAAAGAGAGAGAGAGAGAGAUCUGUAGAUAUCUUUUUUUGGGCGUUACAUCUCCUUCGGGCAUCAGAUCUCUUCCUUCCACUUUUAAGUAUAGCUCAAGGAGUUGGUGCAUUUUUUAACAAAAGCUCCAAGCGCGCCGAUAUAUUAGUUCUCUGAAAUGGGUGGAAAGAAUGAGCAUGUGAAGACCACAACUGAGCAUAAGCCUGGGUUUCUGGAGCGCCUGAGUGAGACUUCUGGAGGGAUGCUUGUUGGCCUCGCCACCUUUGCCCUGUCUUUCUACAUUCUUUUCACCAAUGAGGGGCGAACUUUGAAAACAGCCUCCUCUUUGGCUGAGGGUCUUUCUCUAGUUGUCCCACUUGACAACAUCCAGAUUGUAUCCCAUGAGAAUGACAAGAAACUUGUGCACUUAUCUGGUGUCCUUAGAACAUCAAAGCCUCUAUAUGAUCCCAGCUAUGGGGUUUCUAUCCGGGCAGUCAAGCUCAAACGUCAGGUGGAGAUGUAUCAGUGGGUUGAAUAUGAAGAUUCCAAAGAAUAUGAAGAAAAUGGUGAAGUAAAGAAAGAAACAAGAUAUUCUUAUAAUACAGAAUGGAAAUCCGAAGUUGUGAAUAGCAGAAAUUUUGAUCGAGAAAUUGGACAUAAAAACCCUAGUGCCAUGGCUGUUGAAUCUUUCACUGCAGUUGCCUCUGAUGUUCAAGUCGGCACGUUCUUCCUUUCCAGGGGUCUCAUUGAGAAGAUUAAUAAUUUCAAGCAGAUGAGCCUGUCAAAAUUGGAAGAUCCUCACGCCGAUGUGAUCCGCUCAGGGGAUUACUUCUUUCACAGUGAGAAUCCACGACGUCCAGAAGUUGGGGAUCUUCGUGUUUCAUUCUUCUAUGCAGGUUUGAGUGAGGCCUUCUCACACACGGUUCUACCAGAUAUGGUGACCAUAGUUGCUCGUCAGCAAGAGGAUCACUUGGUUCCAUACCAAACCAAAUCGGGGGAUGUCUUAAAUAUUCUCUAUCUUGGAGAGCUCACGGCUGAGGAAGUAUUUCAGAAAGAACAUGAGAGUAAUAGCAUGAAGACCUGGGGCCUACGUGCAGCUGGAUGGUUGUCUAUGUUUUUAGGCAUCAGCCUUAUGACAAGAAUUAUUUAUACCCUGGUGGAUUGGUUUCCAGUUGUCCGGGAUCUGGUUAACAUUGGUUUGAAAGCAUUUGCCUUUUGCUUAGCCACUUCUCUCUCAUUGCUGACCAUUUCGGUGGGCUGGCUCUUCUAUAGGCCCUUCUGGGCACUAUUGACUGCUUUGUUGGCUGUAGUUCCCAUUCUGAUUGCAAGAUCUUGGGUUCCACCAAAGAAACAGCAGUGACAUCAUGGAAGAAGCAUCUUCUUUGUACCCACAUUUCUUUGGACACUUCAUACACUCAAUGCUUUUAUUUUAUUUGAAGAAAAUACCAUCACGGAUAUUUUUGCUCAAAACAAAACACUUCUUUAUAUUGCAGUACAGAAAAUGCAACAUCAGCGCGUUCUGUAAUCAUUUUAGAUAUGCUAUUUUCAUUAUGCAAUCCCGGGGUAAGGAACUAAGCAUUUCUGAAUUAGAUCUCCCAGGAGUCCAAAACCAUGAUCAGGGGUACUAAGAUCCAUAUAUAUUUAGACCAGUCCUGCACAGCUGGUAAAAAAGACCACAUUGAUAAAUUUAAAAUAUUGCACAAAUAGCAAUAGCACUUAGACUUAUAUACCACUCCAUAGUGCUUUACAACAUCUCUGGGUGGUUUAGUCAGCAUAUUACCAAAAGUCUGGAUCCUCGUUUUACUGACCUUGGAAGGCUGAGUAAACCUUGAUUCCAUCAGGAGCAAGGACUGUGGGCAGAGUUAGCCCACAACAGUGGCCCCCAAUCUUUUGGUCACCAGGGACCAAAUCUGCAGAGAAAGUUUUUUCUGUGGUUUUGCCUGCAUCCUGCGGAUGGGGGUUUGCUUGUUUGUGCAGCCUGGUUGCUGGAAUGCAACGGAUUGGGGAUCCCUGGCCCACAAUACUGCAUUCUAGCCACUGCCACAACUCAAAGGGAUCUGUGAUGCGCCAAUUAGCUCUUUGGUGACAGUGUUGGAAGAGGCAGUGAGGCCUGCAGGUGCUCAGUAGCAUGUCUUUCAGAGUGGCAGUGAAUUUAUUGACUUUUUUAAAAAAUGCUGGAAUGCGGCAUGAGGCUGCUGAGCUAAUCAGAUGUUGUCUACACAUUGACAGGUUACAUAUCAAAUGAAAACAAAACAAAAAUGUGCAACUGCCCCAAUUUGUGGAAAUAGAAAGUUGAAUGAAAUGUAACAAGGCUAAGCAAAUUAGGCUUCCUAUGCAAUGUAUGUAAAAUGUCUUCCAAUCUUCACAGAAUAAUAGGUAUAUGGACUCAAUGGGAACCAUACGAGGCUUUGAAGAGUGGGUAAAUCAUAAGAUUAAUCUAUUCCUUAUCUAUAACUUCAUGUAUUAUAAUUUUACUGCAUGCAACUUUGUGAAGUUUUUGUCAUAUUUCACUUUUCUUCAUUUUUGUUGUUACUAUUCUGUCUGAAUUCCCAUGUAGGUAACUUACCUUAUCUCUAACAUCUUGAAUUAUAUGUGGAUCAAAGUAUCCUGCACCACUCUGGUAUUGCUGUGAUGCUGUUUAUUUUCAUAUUAUAUAUUCAGGAUUGCUAUAUCUCAAUCUUAUGAUUUAUUCUUAUCCCAUGCUUCAUUUUUUUCAGUAAGUAAAAUAAUUUAUGAUCUCAGGUGGACUUUUUUUUACCUUCGACUUGAGAAUUGUUUCCUGACCCAACUCAGUAAUUUACUGAUAGUUUCAUGAAGAAUUAUGACUUUUAAAGAUAAAACCAAAGAUAUAUCCCGAGGGAGAAGAGACUUUCUGCUGUUCAUAUAACUUGCUCCAUGGGCAAAUUAAUAUGUUUGUUUUUUACUGAAAUAUUAUGAAGAGCAGGUCAGGUACUCAAUGUAUUGAUGGUACUAUGACAAAAGUUUUAUUUGAAGCCUGCCCGAUUUCAGGAAAAAAUAAAAAGUGCAACACUUUAGAACUGGGUGUUUCAAAUUGUUGAUUUUGUACAACAGAUUUGUACAGAACUUCGUUGAUUUUGUCCAGACAAGACAUGUGCUUUGUAUAUAAUGCUAAGCUAAAAUGGUUAACUUACAUAUUAUAAAAGCCAAUUAAUUUCUUUAAAUCUAAGACUGAAAUAAUAUGUUAACUGCUCAUACCCAAAGUUUUUGAUUUCUAAAGCUUCAGUCAUUGCUUUUUCUGGGUUCAGAACUGUAAAUUGUGCACACAACCUUCAAUUCAAUUGGAUAAUUUACAGACUCCCCAUUGCAAGCCAUUAUUGCCAGCAAUGAGAUGAUCCAAAAACAUGGAUUAGAUAGAAACCUUUUAUAUGGAUGCAAUCUGCCAAGGUGAUAAAGAUAGGCUCCGAUACUUUAUAUCUAAAAUAAUUGUCAGUAUUAUUCUCAGCUCAUUGGAGAUACAUCAAUUAGUCUAAGAGAAACAACUAAACCAAAACCCUAGGAGUAAAUAAAAGUUCAUUAGCAUCAUCCUGGACCUGCCUUUUUCUUGAAUUUAGGACCCCAAACUUAAAUUUGGAUUCAUUGUUCUGGGGCUAUCUAAUGUCAUUUCACUAAAGUCCAACUACAAUUUGCCAUGGAGUCAUUUUGUUAAAAUGUCAGUUAUAUCACUGGUGCAGAAUGAAGCAUGGUGGCUGCUUCCAAUUAAAAUCUAAGUUUGUAUUCUUUAUUUUUAGAAUAUCAUAUGUAAAAGUUUAUAUGGAUGGAAAUGCCUAUUUUCUAUUUUAUGAAUAAAACUUCAAGAAAAAUA